GCAUACUGCUACCACACAAGUGAAUGGGGAUAACAGCAAUUAGAGGAAAAGCGAGUUAUAUAUGACUUCGAUCGAGGCGGAAUUAUUUAGUUUGGUUUUUUUCCCCGGGUACGUCAGUGCAAAAUCAACCAUGAAGCUAGUGAUCACAAUCGUUAUAUCGGCAGUGGUGCUGAUGCAGGCGCUUGUUUUUGGGGAAAAUCCUUGUGCAAACGGACCACCAGUGGCUAAGAACCCAGCCGAAUGCUGCGACACCCCAAUGCUUAUGGAUAAGGAAAUCAUGAUGGACUGCUACAAAAAGUACGGCGAACAAACUAAACGACAGAUGAAGAUGGAAGGAAUUCCUCGGGGUUGCUGCAUUGCCGAGUGCGGACUGAACGCAACCGGACUCUACUCGAACGGUAUGAUCCACCGGGAGGACAUGACCAAAAUGUUCAUGGACUCGGUCAAGGAUAUGCCCCAGUGGCAGCCGCUGGUUCGGGACACCCUGGACGAAUGCUUCAAGAUGGCCGAAUCGAUGAUGGAUCAAAUCGAGGCCGGUGCCAAGCUGGAGCCCAGUUUCGAGGGGGAACAAAUCUGCCAUCCCAUCUCCGGGACGAUUCUACGCUGCAUGGGAAUGAACAUGUUCGCGAAAUGUCCAGCCGGAAUAUUCAAGGAAGGUGACGAAUGCAACCAGCUGCGGGAGUAUUCCAAGAUGUGUCCAAUCAUGUAAUUCGGAAGCUAGAUCCGAUGAUCUCGUUUGUUAGUCUUGUAGCGGAAACUCUAAGGGGAUGUGUUCCUUUCGAUUUUGCCAAUACAUAAUUUCUUUGUUGUUGCAUCA